ACCACAUCUGUAUUAAAUAAUCUGUGUGCGAGCGAAGCAGUGCGUACGCGCCUCUGAGUUAUACUCUUUAUACGAGUUGCGCUUGCGAGCGAGGCUGACGUGCCCCGACAGCGCUUGUGUCCCGUGGGCUCCAAUGUGUUUCCCAAACUGUGGCGUAGCUAGCAUGUGCCGUUGAACAAGUGCCUGUGAUAGAACGAUGAACGUGGUCCUCGUGGUGUUGCUGCUGGCCGCGGCCGCCGGCGCCGAGUUCCAGGAGAGAGUUUGCAUUGGCACCAAUGGUCGGAUGUCAGUGCCUUCGAAUCGCGACACGCAUUACAGAAAUUUGCGCGAUCGCUUCACCAACUGCACGUACGUCGAUGGCAAUCUAGAACUGACAUGGCUUCAGAACGAAACUAUGGACUUGUCGUUCUUGCAACACAUCAGAGAAGUGACCGGCUAUGUACUUAUUUCGUACGUCAGAGUAGCACAAAUCAUUCUUCCGCAAUUACAAAUCAUUCGCGGUCGAACACUAUUUAAAUUGAAAGUCCGAGAAGAAGAAUUCGCUAUGCUGGUCACUAUGUCGUCCGCCCUUACACUAGAACUCCCCGCGUUGCGCGAUGUCUUGCGGGGUAGUGUAGGCAUUUAUAAUAACUAUAAUCUGUGCCAUGUCAAAACUAUUAAUUGGGAUGAAAUUAUAACGGGUAUAAAUGCAACCUACGUAUUCGUGUAUAGCUUUAACGUACCUGAGAGAGAAUGUCCGCCUUGUCAUCCGAGCUGCGAAGCUGGUUGUUGGGGCGACGGAGCCCAUAAUUGCCAAAAAUUUUCGAAGACUAAUUGCAGUCCGCAGUGCGCUCAAGGACGUUGUUUCGGACCUAACCCUCGGGAUUGUUGCAAUACAUUCUGCGCUGGAGGUUGCACGGGUCCAUUGCCGAGUCAAUGCCUUGCCUGUCGUAAUUUCUAUGACGAAGGGACGUGUUCUCAAGAAUGCCCGCCAAUGCAAAAAUAUAACCCCACUACUUAUUCCUGGGAGCCAAACCCAGACGGGAAAUAUGCUUAUGGUGCAACUUGUGUAAGAAACUGCCCUGAACAUUUGUUAAAAGACAACGGAGCGUGUGUGCGUAGCUGCCCUCCUAAUAAAACUGCUGUCAACGGAGAGUGUAUUCCUUGCAAUGUGACUUGCCCGAAGACUUGCCGUUCUGAAAAACCUAUUCACUCCGGAAACAUUGAAAGUUUCAAAGAUUGCACAAUCAUUGAUGGUUCUAUAGAAAUUCUAGAGAUGACUUUUACUGGAUUUCAGCAGAUUAAUCCAGAUUAUUCAUUUGGAGAUCGUUACCCAAAAAUGGAACCAAACGCUCUUGAGGUUUUCAAUACAGUCCGAGAAGUAACCGGCUAUUUGAAUGUCCAAGCUCACCACCCGAAUUUCACUAAUCUCUCCUACUUUAGAAACUUAGAAGUAAUUGGAGGACGACAAGUAGUCGAAAACUUGUUCGCCUCUCUUUACAUUGUAAAAACUUCCUUGAAAUCUCUUGGACUCAAAUCUUUAAAAAGAGUAAAUUCUGGCGCAAUAGCGAUUAUGGAAAAUAGACAGCUUUGUUUUGCUGAAAAAAUUGCAUGGAAUAAGUUAGUUAAGUCCAAAGACCAUAAACAGAUAAUUCAGAAGAAUAGCGACGUAAGGAACUGUGAAAAAGCCAAUUUGGUGUGUGACACUGAAUGUUCAUCAGAUGGUUGCUGGGGACCUGGACCAGACCAGUGCCUUUACUGCGAGAACUACAAAUUCGGAGAAACAUGCAUUCAGAACUGCACAGUGCUUCCAGGAUUGUACAAGGCGGGUACGAAAAUUUGUAAGCAGUGCCAUGCUGAGUGUUUGGAUGGAUGUACUGGACCGACCAGGGCUAAUUGUACUAAAUGUAAGCACGUGCGUGAUGGGCCAUACUGUGUCGCUGUAUGUCCGGCUUCUAGAUAUGCAACAGAGAAUGGGACAUGUCAACCCUGUCACCAGAACUGUUUCAAUGGUUGCACGGGAUCUAAUAACACUGUAGGUGAGGGAGGUUGUAACUCUUGUAAGAAAGCUAUAAUCAGUGUAGAAGCAACUGUCGAAAGCUGUCUUAAAGAAAACGAACCCUGCCCUGAUGGGUAUUACAAUGAGUGGGUUGGUAAUGUAAAGCCUCUUGAAGGAAAAGUUAAAGUGGUGUGCAGAAAAUGUCACCCACUGUGUUACAAAUGUACCGGCUUUGGAAUACAUCAACAAGUGUGUCAAGUUUGCAAUGGAUUCAAACGAGGUGAUCAAUGUGAAGAUGAGUGUCCCUCUGAUCACUUCACAGAUGACGUCAAUCGCCUUUGUACUCCUUGUCAUCACGAAUGUAGAGGCUGUAUUGGGCCAUCAUCAACGGAUUGUAUCAAAUGCCAAAAUUUAAAGAUAUUUCUCGGUGACUCAAAUUCUAAAGAGUUCAAUUGUACUGAUAGCUGUCCUGGUGACAUACCACAUAAGAUUUAUUUUGACGAGCUCCUUCAAAAUCCUAUAGAUGAGCCCUAUUGUUCAGCAUUAGCCAAUGGCAUUCCUAAUAUGGCCACGGCAAAGAUAUCAACAGUAAUUGUGGUUAUUCUGGUGUUAGCCCUCAUAUUACUAGUAAUUCUUGCUAUAAUUGGUUAUACAUGUAGGCAAAAGGCAAAGGCUAAAAAAGAAGCCGUUAAAAUGACUAUGGUCCUUACUGGUUGUGAAGAUAAUGAACCACUACGACCAACUAAUGUCAAGCCGAAUCUAGCGAAAUUAAGAAUCGUUAAAGAAGCCGAACUUCGUAGGGGAGGAAUGCUAGGUUUCGGUGCAUUCGGUAAGGUUUAUAAAGGAGUAUGGGUUCCCGAAGGAGAAAAUGUUAAAAUACCAGUCGCUAUCAAAGUCUUAAAAGAAGGUACAGGAGCGAAUUCAAGUAAGGAAUUUUUGGAAGAGGCGUAUAUAAUGGCUAGCGUCGAACACCCAAAUUUACUUCAAUUGCUGGCUGUUUGCAUGACUAAUCAGAUGAUGCUAAUUACGCAAUUAAUGCCUCUUGGUUGUUUACUGGACUAUGUAAGGACAUAUAAAGAAAAAAUUGGAUCUAAAGCAUUUUUAAAUUGGUGUACUCAAAUAGCUCGUGGUAUGGCAUAUUUAGAAGAAAAAAGGUUAGUUCACAGAGACUUAGCGGCUAGAAAUGUCUUAGUACAAACACCGAAUUGUGUAAAAAUUACUGAUUUCGGAUUGGCAAAGUUACUAGAUAUUAAUGAAGAUGAGUACAAAGCGGCUGGAGGUAAGAUGCCUAUAAAAUGGCUGGCAUUAGAAUGCGUCCAGCAUAGAAUAUUUACACAUAAAAGUGACGUGUGGGCCUUUGGUGUAACUAUUUGGGAAAUCUUAAGCUAUGGAGCAAGACCUUAUGCUAACAUAUCAGCUAGAAAUGUUCCAGAAUUGAUAGAAAACGGCUUGAAAUUACCACAACCAAGCAUUUGCACUUUGGACAUUUAUUGUAUUAUGGUUUCUUGUUGGAUGCUCGAUGCAGACAGUCGACCAACAUUUAAACAACUUGCGGAUACAUUUGCUGAAAUGGCACGCGAUCCUGGCCGCUACCUGGUCAUUCCUGGAGACAAAUUUAUGCGACUCCCAUCUUAUUCAACUCAGGAUGAAAAGGAACUGAUUAGAAAUCUCUCUUCGGCCAUGGACGGUCCAGAACCGUUAGUGGAAGCAGAUGAGUAUUUGCAACCAAAAUUCAAUACGAUGCCCGGAUCAACGACAACAAACACAACAGUCACAAUCGAAGCGCAAUCGAGCAAGCCAUGUGCAUCCGCCACUUGGGUUAACAAUAUAACGGGCCAAGAGGGCGCCAUCAUUGACACUUCCAACAGGUCGGAAGGUUGGGAUCGAGACUUACUGCGAUACAAUAAUUCCCGGAAUCCUGAUGGAACCGAAAUACGACAUUAUUAUAAUAAUGGAGUAUGUGCUUCUGAUGGCUCGAAUUCUAGGUAUUGUAGCGACCCGAUGAAAGGAAGAACAGACUGUUUGGAAACGAAGUUCGACAGCAUUUCGAAGGUCAAAGAAGCGCAAGUGGGAAAUCUAAAACUAAACUUGCCUUUGGACGAGGACGACUAUCUAAUGCCUUCACCGCAACACACCCAGAACGCGUCGGCUUAUAUGGAUCUGAUUGGAGAAGCUGGAGAGGGUAACGAGGGAAAGGACUUACGUUACAGUGGUUUUGUCGCAUCUAAAAGGUGCAUAGACAACCCAGAAUAUCUUAUGUCCGAGCAAAAUAUACCUCCACAGACAUUAGGAAUCCCGACCGAGCCGGUUCCACUCGAAUCUCUAGGUACCAGCGAGGGCAGUACGGGAGAAACCACACCAAGACCGGGCACCAGCAAAUACCUACCACAAAAAUCGGUAGAAGAGGAGUCCAUGUCCGACCACGAGUACUACAACGACUUGCAGCGCGAGCUGCAGCCACUGAGGCGGAACGAGACUACGGUGUAAGCGCCAUGGAUGCAGCUGUGACUCUCGACUCAGAGUCAAACUGAUCUCUCGUCGUUUCGAUUGCUGACUACUUACUGUAAACGGCGCUCCAGCGCCUCUUGUGCCAUUUAUGCGAUGGCUAGUGUUAGCUUGUUGUAAAAACAUUUAACUAAAAAUUUAUCGUAGUUAUUAAACCAGUUUGUUAUUUCUUCUACUUAAUUAUUGUAAAAACUGUUACGAAACUAUAAUUUGUAAAAAUUAUUUCACGAGUUGCUUGUAUGAAGAAGCACCUCACAAAGUAUAAGUUAUUUAUUAAUUUAGUUUAAGAAAGGCUAUGUUUAUGUUUCCCGACGUUAUAAUUAUAAGUAAAUGUUAUUUUAAUUUUAUAACUGUGAUAAUUAGAUUAAUUACAUUACAAUACUACAUUACAUUCAAAUUUUUAUUUCGCUCAAUAGAACUGUAUAAAUAAAUUGAACGACAUUGUCAUUGUUAUUAGGCUGUCUAUUUGUUUGUCAAUAUUAUACGAAUAGUCUUACUUUCUGUAUUUGUGGUGCUGGUUUAGUAUACGUAAGGAACACCGAACUGAAGCGACCACGCUCACCGCACAUUCUAGACUAACAACAACGUCUACUAAAGUAAACGCUAUCUGACCAGUAGAUACAAACCAGUUAAAGUAUUUACUCAUAAACUUAAUUUCGUGAUCUUGCCAGUAUGGGGACCAUUUUAUUUGUAAUUACCUAUACGGUUUCUUGCCUACAUUCCAAUUUUGUUGUAAUAUUCGCGUUUAAAUGCUCCUACAUGCACGGUACUUUUAACACUCGUAGAAACGCUAAAGAUAAAACUUCGAGAAUUCCAUUUUAUGACAAAAGACACUUAUCACAAUAAUCACUGCCUCUAGCAAAAUAAACUUAAGCUCAAACAAUUUCAAAUGCAAUCGUCGUUACGUAUUUCAUAGUUAAAUAAGUUUUAUUUAAUAUUCGACCAAACCUUCGUUUGCCAUGUAUAAUGUAAAUAUUAUUAUUUCAUUGCGUUAUUGUAAAUCUAAUAGAUUAAAAUAAUAUUUCUGACACACGUGCAGAGCUGUACGCCUUGCGAGUCAUUGUUAUAAUAUGUUUAAUGUAAAUAAAAAUAUAAACAAGAUUAUAUCGGAGCUGAAGAGCUGUAUACAAAGUGUGCCAUUUCGUGUUAAAUAUUUUAUGAACUAAAUCUGAGUUUUUAUAUUAAAUUCGUUUAUCAAUCGAAAUUAUUUUAAUUCCAUUUUUAACAUUUGUUUUCACUAUCGCAAUUAUUUUUCAUCAUUUAAUUAGAUUAAAAAUAAAAACGUAGUGAUAAUCGAGCGUUAAUAAAUGUCAUAUUAAUAAUAAUUAUUGUGAAAGCAUUUCAAUAUAUGUUAAACUUAGAUAUUAUUCAUAAACAUACAUUAUAACCGUAUUCUAACUGAAUUAUUUAUCUCGUUUCAAACUGGCUACGUCUGCGAAAUGAUCAAGACAAAAUAUAUCUUAGUUAAAAUACGUAUAAUCAUAUUUAUGAAUAGGUCCGUUUACAUAUACUUAAAUGUAAUAAGCAUGUCAGGUAGCUGCAAAUGAGACAGGUGAAAUUAUUUGGCAGAAAAAAACAAAUGGCAGCUGGAUGUAAAUUUGCAGUUAACUGUUACUAGUUGAUGUCUAUAAUACCUACAUAAUAUAUAAUGUGCGAUGUACUUCAAUCAAAUUUUAAAAUUAGUGUUAAAUGGCUAACAUAUUAUUCUGAAUGUGUAGAUAAAUGUGAUGACUUAUGGUACAUGUACCUUAAUAAAUGAAUUAAAUUGAAAACA